GUCGCGGGAGGCGGGGCGGUGGAAGGUGCUUCCGGCGGGCGAGGGGCCGCGGCGGGGCCUGGCGCGCGGGGACGAGCCGAGUCGGAGUCUCCAUGGCGCUGAGCCUGGACCGCGAGGCCUAUUACCGCCGCGUCAAGCGUCUCUAUGGCAACUGGCAGAAGGGAGAGGAUGACUAUGCCAACGUCGACGCCAUCGUGGUCUCGGUGGGGGUGGAUGAGGAGAUUGUCUAUGCCAAGUCCACUGCCCUGCAGACGUGGCUCUUUGGCUACGAGCUCACCGACACCAUCAUGGUUUUCUGCGUGGACAAGAUCCUGUUCAUGGCCAGCAAGAAGAAGGUGGAGUUCCUGAAGCAGAUCGCCAACAGCAAGGGCAGCGAGAACGCCAAUGGCGUGCCGACCAUCACGCUGCUCGUGCGGGAGAAGAACGAGAGCAACAAGGGGAACUUUGAGAAGAUGAUUGAGGCACUGAAGGGCAGCAAGAGCGGGAAGCGCAUUGGGGUCUUCAGCAAGGACAAGUUCCCCGGGGAGUUCAUGAAGAACUGGAAUGAUUGCCUCAGCAAGGAGGGCUUUGAGAAGGUAGAUAUCAGCGCAGUCGUGGCCUACACUAUCGCAGUGAAGGAGGAUGGGGAACUGAACCUGAUGCGCAAAGCGGCUGCCAUCACCUCUGAGGUCUUUAACAAAUUCUUCAAGGAGCGGGUCAUGGAGAUUGUCGACGCUGACGAGAAAGUGCGGCACAGCAAGCUGGCAGAAUCGGUGGAGAAGGCCAUCGAGGAGAAAAAGUACCUGUCAGGGGCUGACCCCUCCACAGUGGAGAUGUGCUAUCCCCCCAUCAUCCAGAGCGGCGGCAACUACAACCUCAAGUUCAGUGUCGUCAGCGACAAGAACCACAUGCACUUUGGGGCCAUCACCUGCGCCAUGGGCAUCCGCUACAAAUCCUAUUGCUCCAACCUGGUGCGCACGCUCAUGGUGGACCCGCCCCAGGAGGUGCAGGACAACUACACCUUUCUCCUGCAGUUGCAGGAGGAGCUGCUCAAGGAGCUGCGGCAUGGCGUGAAGCUGUGCGAGGUCUACGCUGCCGUCAUGGAUGUGGUGAAGAAGCAGAAACCGGAGCUGCUGAACAAGAUCACCAAGAACCUGGGAUUUGCCAUGGGCAUCGAGUUCAGAGAGGGCUCCCUCGUCAUCAACAGCAAGAACCAGCACCGGCUCAAGAAAGGGAUGGUAUUCAGCAUCAACGUGGGCUUCUCUGACCUGACUAACAAGGAAGGGAAGAAACCAGAGGAGCGAACAUACGCACUGUUCGUUGGAGACACCGUGCUGGUGGAUGAGGACGGCCCGGCCACCAUUCUCACUUCUGUUAAGAAAAAGGUCAAAAACGUUGGCAUCUUCCUCAAGAAUGAAGAUGAGGAGGAGGAAGAGGAGGAGAAAGACGAGGCUGAAGACCUGCUGGGGCGCAGCUCCCGAGCAGCAGCUCUGCUGACGGAGCGGACGCGGAAUGAGCUGACGGCGGAGGAGAAGCGUCGAGCCCACCAGAAGGAGCUGGCCAUGCAGCUCAACGAGGAGGCCAAGCGGCGGCUGACGGAGCAGAAGGGCGAGCAGCAGAUCCAGAAGGCCCGCAAAUCGAACAUCUCCUACAAGAACCCAUCGUUGAUGCCCAAGGAGCCACACAUCCGGGAGAUGAAGAUCUACAUUGACAAGAAAUACGAGACUGUCAUCAUGCCAGUCUUUGGCAUUGCCACACCCUUCCACAUCGCCACCAUCAAGAACAUCAGCAUGUCAGUGGAGGGUGACUACACCUACUUGCGCAUCAAUUUCUACUGCCCAGGCAGUGCCCUGGGGCGCAACGAGGGCAACAUCUUCCCCAACCCCGAGGCCACCUUCGUCAAGGAAAUCACAUAUCGUGCCUCCAACAUGAAAACGCCGGGUGAGCAGACCGUGCCAGCCCUCAACCUGCAGAACGCCUUCCGCAUUAUCAAGGAGGUGCAGAAACGCUACAAGACCCGGGAGGCAGAGGAGAAGGAGAAGGAGGGCAUUGUCAAGCAAGACUCGCUCAUCAUUAACCUGAACCGGAGCAACCCCAAGCUAAAGGACCUGUACAUCCGGCCCAACAUCGCCCAGAAGAGGAUGCAAGGCUCACUAGAGGCCCACGUCAAUGGUUUCCGCUUCACCUCCGUGCGGGGAGACAAGGUCGACAUUCUGUACAACAACAUCAAACACGCGCUGUUCCAGCCCUGUGACGGGGAGAUGAUCAUCGUGCUGCACUUCCACCUCAAGAAUGCUAUCAUGUUUGGGAAGAAGCGGCACACGGAUGUGCAGUUCUACACCGAGGUGGGCGAGAUCACCACAGACCUGGGCAAGCACCAGCACAUGCAUGACCGCGACGACCUCUACGCUGAGCAGAUGGAGCGCGAAAUGAGGCACAAGCUGAAAACGGCCUUUAAGAAUUUCAUCGAGAAGGUGGAGGCUCUGACCAAGGAGGAGCUGGAGUUCGAGGUGCCCUUUCGGGACCUAGGGUUCAAUGGCGCCCCCUACAGAAGCACCUGCCUGCUCCAGCCGACCAGCAGUGCCCUGGUGAAUUGCACUGAGUGGCCUCCGUUCGUGGUGACAUUGGAUGAGGUGGAGCUCAUUCACUUUGAGCGAGUCCAGUUCCACCUGAAGAACUUUGACAUGGUCAUUGUCUACAAGGACUACAGCAAGAAAGUGACCAUGAUCAAUGCCAUCCCCGUGGCCUCCCUCGACCCCAUCAAGGAGUGGCUCAACUCUUGUGACCUGAAGUACACGGAGGGGGUGCAGUCCCUCAACUGGACCAAAAUCAUGAAGACGAUUGUGGAUGACCCUGAGGGCUUCUUCGAGCAGGGGGGUUGGUCGUUCCUGGAGCCCGAGGGAGAGGGCAGUGAUGCUGAGGUUGGGGAGUCAGAGUCGGAGAUUGAGGAUGAGACAUUUAACCCCUCGGAGGAUGAGUAUGAGGAGGAGGAAGAGGACAGUGAUGAAGAUUACUCCUCUGAGGCUGAGGAAUCAGAUUACUCCAAGGAAUCCAUGGGCAGCGAGGAGGAGAGUGGGAAGGACUGGGACGAGCUGGAGGAGGAGGCCAGGAAAGCGGACCGGGAGAGCCGGUACGAGGAAGAGGAGGAGCAAAGCCGCAGCCUCAGCAGGAAGAGGAAGGGCCCAGCCCACAGUUCCAGCCGCCGCAGUUCCCACAGCCGCAGCCCAGGCCGCAGCUCGGGGCCCCCCAAGAAGAAGAGGAAGUAGGCAGUGAACUCUGACCCUCCCCAGCAGCGAAGCCUGGGGCACCAGACCCUGCUCAACAGCCAAUCCCAGGGUGGGGGGGGGCACCAUGCCCCACCCACAAACUUUUGUCUUUUCCUGUUUUCAAUUUUCCCUGUUUUUGUUUCUUGAGUUUUUCUGGCCAUUUGUACGGACCAAUCAGCUGUGAGAAUUCCAGGCCCCGCCUGCCUGUAACCAUGGACAUGAGCACUGCCAAUGAAGAGGAGGAAGAGGCCUCUCGGAGUAAGGACGCUGGUGUCAGUGAUUGCUCGCCCCACCCCCUUCAGUCCCUCCUGGGGUCCCUCCCUAGUCACCCCCACAUUCCCUUGUGAGGUGUAGGUAUGGCCAUGGCGCAGGCUGCUGCUUUCUCCCCCCAGGGAGUCUCUGGCAAUGGAAUCAUCCCCUGUUUCCCAACAGCUCUGGGGAGACGCAGCCAGCGCAGAGGAUCUCUGAGUGUCUCGGACUUCAUCCUCAGGGUGCUGGUAACCAAGGCGGGGGGUAGACUGUGCAGGGCUGGCACCUACAGGUCCAUCCCAUCCCUGCUACUGCCUUCCUCAGCACUGGAGGGGUUGGGAGUGGCCCAGCCCUGCCAGGAGUGGGGUGCAUGGGGGGAGUGGUCUAGCCCUGAGAGGAUCCAGCUUCUUGUUUUUUACUCGCCUGGCUCUGUUCCGUAUUUAUCUCGUUUCCUCAGUUGCCAAGUCAAGCCUCUGGUAGGAGAGAUGCUUUUGUUUUGGGGGGUUUUAUCGUGUCAUCUCCCAUGGGCCCCCAUCACCUGCCCCUGCUGCUUGCUGGUGAGGGAGGCCCCUGGGGGGUGAUGGGGCAGGGGAGGGCUCUAAUUUUUUUUCAUAGCCGGUAGCUCUUGGAUUUUCGACUUUGGAGAAUUGAAACAAUAAAAUGUGUUUUUGUAAGUUCA